GGACUCGGCAGCUAGGGGCUGCUGCUGUCAAAUAAAUGCAAGGCAAAUGUUUUCAAAUAGCUCUCCAUUUCAGCUUGUUACAAGUUUAUUUCUCCUUAAUCUUGCUGGCUGUGCUCUUGCCUCAUGCUUCAGAAGUGUGUCAUAAUGAGACAAACUGCUGUCUUUUUCUAUCUCACGCAGUGCCAAGAUGGGCCAUUUACACCAUCUUUGCCGUCAUCAUCUUGCUGUUUUUGGUGUGUAUUAUUUGGGUCUUUGUGAAAUACUGCUGCAAGAGCAAGAAAAAGAGAAAGAACAAGCCGGACCAUCAGAUCAAUCUACAAGGGGUGACUGGUUCCACGACUACAUCGCUAGUCCAACCUGGCUCAGAUGAUGCAAACUACGGCUCAGCUAAAAACCGUGGAAGACUACUCUACUCUUUGGAAUACAAGGCACAAGAGCUGACAGUGGGGAUUAAACAGGCUGCAGCACUGCCAGCUAUGGACCUGGGAGGCACCUCUGACCCCUAUGUUAAAGUCUACAUCACCCCCAACAAGUCAAAGACAUUCGAGACUAAGGUCUACAGGAAAACCCUCAACCCUGUUUUCAAUGAACACUUCACAUUUGAGAUUGACAAAGCUGAGCUCAAUGAGUCCACUGUAGUCAUGAAGGUGUUCGACUUCGAUAGGUUCUCCAAACAUGACGUCAUCGGGGAGCUGAGGCUGCAGCUCGGAACCAACGACUGGAAUCAUGUGAUCGAGGAGUGGAAAAACCUUAGUGAACCCUCAAAGUCUGAGGAUAUAAUUCUGGGGGAGAUCUGCUUCUCAUUGCGUUACGUCCCGACCACCAGCAAACUGACUGUUGUCAUCCUGGAAGCCAAGAACCUAAAGAGUAUGGAUUUAGGGGGCUCAUCAGAUCCCUAUGUAAAAGUGCAGCUAGCUCUGGACAAGAAGAAGUGGAAGAGAAAGAAGACAUCUGUUAAAAAGUCCACACAAAAUCCCUACUUCAACGAAUCUUUUACAUUUGUGGUGUCAUUUGAACAAAUUCAAAGGCUUCAGCUGGUGAUUUCCGUGUGGGACCAUGACAAGUUUACCAGGAACGAUGCUAUUGGGAAGAUCUUCCUGGGUUGUGAUGCUACGGGGAACCAGCAGAGGCACUGGGCAGACAUGCUGUCCAACCCCCGUAAGCCUGUGGCCCAGUGGCACAACCUGUUUUCCAGUGAACAAGUGGACUCCAUCCUCGAACUCAAACACUCAGUCAGGAUCCCCUUCAUUAAUAAGAACUUUUGAGAAAACUUAAGACUUGCUUGCCAGACUCAUGGCACUCCAGCGACUGUGGGAAGAGGCUAGAAAUAACCCACUUCCGUCCUCUACUUCAUUUAGCUAAUAGCAGCUUGGAGGCUCUAGCACUUUUAAACGCUGAUAAAAUAUUCCAAUAUGGAUUGAAAUAGUUGCAAUUUUUAUAGACAUUUUAUGAAAUACAUACGUGAUAGGUCCAGUUAACAAUAGGAAAAUAAUCUAACUAUUUUCUAUGUAGCCCAUUGUUUAUUGGUUUUAUACUCAAGUAUAGUAUAGUAUAGCAUUAAAGUCAAACUUGAAUGCUGCACAGACAGUAUGACUAGCGUACAAAAAGACUCCAUGGCCUGGGAGAGCAUACUGUAGGCCCACCCACUUGGGAGCCAGGCACACACACUGGGAAGUCAGGCCCAGCCAAUCAGAUUGAGUUUUUCCCCACAAAAGGGCUUUAACAAUUCAUCAGCUGUCCGGGUGGCUGGUCUCAGAUGAUCCCGCAGGUAAAGAAGCCGAAUGUGGAGGUCCUGGGCUUGCGCGUUACAUGUGGUCUGCGGUUGUGAGGCCAGUUGAAUGUACCGCCAAAUUCUUGAAAACAACGUUGGAGGCGACUUAUGGUAGAGCAAUUUACAUUCAAUUCUCUGGCAACAGCUC